AUGGCUGACGACUUGGAGACGCAGCGCGGUCAACCGGCACACGACAAACAGACUACAGAGAUCUCGGGUGUUCAGCACACCCCGGCAACCGGCCGAAAUGUGAAGAGCAUUCUCCGCACGGUCUUGACUGCCGGGCGGGUCGAGGAGGGCGGAAUCCAGCCGAUCCCCAUCGAGGCCCGAACGACGAAAAAGUACCUCAACGCCUUUACCAUAUGGUGUUCCAUCAACACGAAUAUUCUAGGAAUCACCUUCGGCAUGCUUGGCCCGGUUUCCUUCGGGCUCAGCCUCCGAGAUUCGGCGCUGGUCAUCAUCUUUUUCAAUCUGCUCUCAACUCUUGCUCCGGCUUUCCUGUCAACGCUUGGACCUAAGACGGGCAUGCGCCAAAUGAUCCAGGCUAGAUUCAGUUUUGGUUAUUACAUUGUGUCAAUUCCUGUCCUUCUCAACCUGGCAACUCUCACUGGAUUCUGCGUCAUCAUCUGCGUCAUCGGCGGCCAAUGUAUUUCUGCCGUCUCAGAGGGCAACUUGUCGACCGCAAUCGGUAUUGUGCUGAUUGGCGUAGCGGCUCUGCUGAUUUCCUUCUGCGGAUUCAAUGUGCUUCAUUUCUAUGAAGGUUAUGCUUGGAUGCCAGCCCUUGUUGCAAUUAUCAUUGCGGUGGGCUGCGGUGGAAAUCAGCUCAAAAACCAGGCCACGCCGGAGCCUGCUACCGCAGCUCAGGUUCUCAGCUUUGGUGGUGUUAUCGCCUCGUACAUGAUUCCGUGGGCUUGUAUUGCAUCUGAUUUGACCACCUAUUUCGACCCAACCCCGCGUCUGGCAUCAUACCGCAUCUUCGCCUACAGCUACCUUGGCUUGGUUGUGCCUACGAUCUUGCUCAUGACUCUGGGUUCCGCUAUUGGCGGCGCCAUGAGCAACAUUCCGGAAUGGCAGGAAGGUUUCGAUACCACCCUUGUCGGCGGUGUCCUGGGAGCGAUGCUUGGUCCGGCUGGUGGCUUCGGAAAGUUUAUCUUGGUGGUGCUCGCCUUCACUCUCCUGGCGAACAUAUCGGGAACGAUGUACGCCAUCACCCUGAACUUCCAGACUCUGAUUCCCGCCUUCAGAAUCCCGCGGUACAUCUUCUCCAUCGUGGUCACUGCAAUCAUCAUCCCUAUCGCCAUCGCAGCAGCCCACGACUUUUUCCUCAGCCUCGAGAACUUCAUCGCACUCAUCGGUUACUGGUCAGCUUCAUUCGUCGGCAUCGUCGUUACGGAGCACUUUGUGUUCCGUCGGGCAAAUUCCAAGUCUUACGAUGUGGAGAUCUGGAACGUGCCCUCGAAGCUGCCCUGGGGUAUUGCAGCUAUCAGUGCUGCCGCCUUGAGCUUCGGGCUGGUCGUUCCUUGCAUUUCCCAGGUCUGGUUCACUGGUCCCAUUGCGAAAACCACAGGUGAUAUCGGCUUCGAGAUUGCGUUUUGUUUGAGCGCGGUUCUAUAUAUACCCCUGCGAUACGCCGAAAAGCGCUUUUUGGGUCGCUAA